UAAUCCAUCCAAAUUCCAAAACUGCUAUCCUCUUCUUCAUUAACCUUCGUUAAAGCUGAUUGAUUUGAUCACAGGCAUUUCGCGCUCUCGCCGCGUGUAAAUCUGUAACAUUUUGUAUUAAAUUCUCUUUCUCUUCUCUCUCUCUCUGGUCUAGCUCUAGAGUACAGAGAAAGAAAACGAAGAACAGAAACAGAGAGGCUCUGAAGGGGGGUCUCUCUGAUGGCUGUGAUGGCAAAGUUGAAGAACAACAAGCAGAAGCUCUCUUACAUCUCGGUCCCGUCUCAGAUAAUCCACUCUCUCUCGUCUUCAUCUCUUCAGUCUCUUCUUCUCUCGCCCAAGAAGCCGUCCAGGAAUGCCAACUGGUUUUUCAACACCUCGAGGAGGCCAAGAUUCUGGCUUUCCGUUCUGUUUCUUUUUUCUCUGUUCGGAAUGUUGAGGUUGGGCUUCAAUCUCGACCCAUUGUUGCCUUUCUCGCACAACCCGUGCUUGAUUGGCCAGGUGCAGACGCUAUUCCCGAAAAAGGAGCCAGUUGUACAGAUGGGUCUUGGGGCAAAUGGUGAGAACGCCGGCGUGGAAGCGGAGGAUGGUGAGGAGACGGAGUUCUGGAAGCAGCCGGACGGGUUGGGUUACCGGCCGUGUCUGGAUUUCAGCGACGAGUAUCUAAGGUCGAGCGAAGCGAUUGUGCAGAACCGGAGGAGGUAUAUGAUGGUUGUGGUUUCAGGUGGGGUGAAUCAGCAGAGGAAUCAGAUUGUUGAUGCCGUUGUCAUCGCUCGGAUUCUUGGAGCAGCCUUGGUGGUUCCAAUCUUGCAAGUCAACGUCAUCUGGGGAGAUGAAAGUGAGUUUUCUGAUAUAUUUGAUUUGGAGCAUUUCAAGAAAGUUCUUGCUAAUGACGUGCGGAUUGUUUCAUCGCUGCCGUCGACGCAUCUGAUGUCAAGACCAGUGGAGGAGAAGCGGACUCCACUUCAUGUCACCCCUCAAUGGAUUCGUCAACGCUACCUCAAGAGGCUGAACAAGGAGGGAGUUCUGCUCUUGCGAGGUCUGGACUCGAGGCUCUCUAAGGAUCUUCCUUCUGACCUUCAGAAGCUUCGGUGCAAGGUUGCUUUUCAUGCAUUGAGGUUUGCCCCACCUAUUCUGGAAAUUGGUGAUAAGAUAGCAGAGCGGAUGCGCGCCAAGGGGUCGUACCUUGCUCUUCAUCUACGCUUGGAGAAAGAUGUUUGGGUGAGGACUGGUUGUCUUCCUGGGCUGAGACUUGAGUAUGAUGAGAUCAUCAACAAUGAGAGAAAGUUAAGGCCGGAACUCCUCACAGGAAGAUCAAACAUGACUUACCAUGAUCGCAAGCUUGCUGGGUUCUGCCCGUUGAAUGCCUUAGAAGUCAUGAGGCUGCUUAAGGCACUUGGAGCUCCAUGGGAUACAAGGAUAUAUUGGGCAGGAGGGCCUCCCUUCGGCGGCGAAGAAGCAUUACUGCCUUUAACCAGAGAAUUUCCUUAUUUCUACAAUAAGAAUGACCUUGCCUUGCCGGGUGAAUUGGAGCCAUUUGCAGACAGGGCCUCUGUUUUGGCUGCUAUUGAUUAUGUUGUUUCAGAGAAUAGUGAUGUCUUCAUGCCAUCUCAUGGGGGAAAUAUGGGCCAUGCCAUUCAGGGGCAUAGGGCCUAUGCUGGGCACAAGAAGUAUAUAACUCCAAACAAAAGGCAAAUGCUCCCUUACUUUCUAAAUUCCUCUCUUCCAGAAUCAGAGUUCAACAGGAUUAUAAAAGAGUUGCACCAUGACUCUCUAGGACAGCCAGAGUUCAGAACAAGCAAGGUGGGAAGGGAUGUGACCAAGUAUCCUAUCCCUGAAUGCAUGUGCAAUGACACACACACAUAAGAUCUUUUUCAUGAUUCAAAUGUGGAAGGUUUCUCUUGAGAUUUUCACAGUAUCAGAUUGCAAGUUUUGCAACAAGCUUUUGAAUGCAGGAUCCUGUGAUCAGAGAAUCAUGACAUCUAUCUAUGCCUUGGGUCCUUUGAAUGCCAGAAAGUUGCAGUUAUUACGGUUUGCCGCCUUUUGAAAACUAUAUUGUAAGCCCAAUUUUGGAAGAGCAUCUUCUGCAAAUACAUAUUCAUACAUACACAUGCAUUCCUGCUUGUGUGCCUGUGUAUGUAAGAAUGUGUAAUGAGAUAGAAUUCCAUGUAAAAUAAACACGAAGGCCUUUUGUUCUUUUUUUUUUUUAUUUCUUUGUGGAGGAAUUUUGUCAAGAAUUUUUUUUGUUCAUUCCUUCUUUCUUUGCAUCAAUAUUUCAUACGUGUAUAUUUGUAUAAAAUACCAUUUUGUUGAGGUAAUAUUUUACCUUGUUCUCUGUCUCA